AUGCAGCGAUAUCAUCCAGGGAUCUACGUUCCUGCACGCCUGCUGGCCCUUUCUGUGAUGGAGGACGAGCAAACACGCUUGGCGCAAAGCCAGGCAGGUGACGAUCUCGUGGGCCAGACGAUCGCGAUGGUCUCGUGUGGCGCAGCUACGCUCGUGCUGGGCGUUGGUGGGCCGAUGCGGACGGAUGUGUACGUGACGGUAUUGGAGCCAGGCGCAUCGUGGUCGGCGUCAGCUCAGACCUCGGCUGCCCUCUCCACGAAAGCGCCGAUCGUGCAAUUGGUGGCGUAUCGCGACGAAGCACCCCGCGUUUUGAUCCGCACCAUAACGUCACUACUUUACGGCACCAUCGUGCAUGGCGAUGGCUUCCGUAUCCGCUUGCAUGCGCAGGUGCAUACCGGCACGCACCUGCCUGCGAGACAGGUGGAUGCACGGCCUGUGCCUGGAGCGAUGCACCGUGCGUAUGCUGUGGACACACACGGCACUGUGCGUGAAUGGGAUGCAGCUACUCGGCGCCUAACAGAGCUGGCAUCGAUCGAACCUGUGCCCGAGGACCGGUGGUGGAUGCUUGCGCCACGCGAGCCGCAUACCCUGUUCGCCGCGUCGUGUUACGACGUCUAUACGCUCGAUGUUCGCGACCCGUCGCCGCAUGCUCUCUGGAGCAUGCCAUACUCGACAGAUACCUUGAGCCGCACGCAUAUGACGAGUAUGUUGGCGUCUCAUCUCGAUGCGCACUUGUUGGCGAUCGCCACGACAGAUUACGUUCAGUACUACGACGUGCGGUACGCUCAUGUGCCAUGGCACACGUGGCGUCAUCACCGCGGCUUUGAUCGGACGCUCGCACUGCAGGCAGCUCAGCUGGACGAGACCGAGUACCUGUUUCUCUCGUCUCAGUCGAAUCGACUGCAUACGGCUUACGCUGCGCAUCCUGAUCCUACACGGAUGCUGUCGUUUGAUGCUCCGACCAUAGUCGCGCAUGCAGCGCCCCCCGGCCCGUCACCGUCGCCGCCAUGCUGGGCCGCUUCGAACUCACUGGUAUGGCAGGUCGAGCAAACGACGCAGGGCGCAUUGUGGAUGCAGGCACAUGGUCCUCAAGCGACAAGCCGCGUCGGUCUAGCGGCCUCCUUGCACAAGCCCCCCUUAGCUCGUCCCGACGAUGGUCCUUUUGGCGGCACAGAAGUCACGCAUAUGGAUUUUCGCGCGGUGUAUCAAAUGGGACUCUUGGGAUGGCUGGGCCUGACCGACCCUCUGGGCACUGAGGCCCAAACGCCCGCCAGACUCGAGGCACUCGAGCAUGUCCCCGCGCCUCUGGUCGAGCGGCCCCACACACGUAUGGAGCGCGUCUUUUACGCACAGGCAAAGCAUGCGCCAGGAGCUUCGUACCUCCAUGCCGAGUAUGCCGUGCACGCCCGAUGGACUCGGCCAAGCACCGAGCCUUCGUCAGGCACGGGGCCAGGCAACGAAUGCGUACGUGACGCCGAAGAACAAGAGGCCUUGGAUAUGAGCCUGUCCGAGAGCAUCACGAACCCUCUACCACCCAGGACAGACGAGAUACCCCGCAACGAAAACUGGCGCUGGGAUCAGCGCAGUACGCCUUCCUGCCCUCCCGUGGCCGCACCUGUGGCACUCUCGGACGCGGCGCGCCUGCUGCUGAGCGAAUGGCCCGUGGGUGCAUCCACCGAGACGUAUGUAUACCAGUCGCCGUACCGCGGUCUUGACUUUGACGCACCGCCAGAGCGUCACGAUGGGCCGUCCGCAUCGCAGCCGUUGCCUACCGUGCGCCCCGUCAUCGGUAAGAGCGCCACGGCACAAACGCAGCAAGCACGCGGACGAUACGCCGCACAGCGUUCGUCCGCGCCGCCGCGCAAGAAGCGGCUGGGCGGUUUCUAA